AUGGAGGACCCUUCUUCAAAAGAUCGAAAGUACCAGAACCAGAACCAACCGCCGCCUCCAUCUCGGAACGUGGAGCAACCAGAAAAAAAUAAACAACUCAUCAAUGGAGUAAUUCCGUCAAAACAUGAUUAUCAACAUAAACAGCACCGUUCGAUGGAGGACCCUCCUUCAAAAGACCGACAGAACAAGAACCAGCCGCUUCCUACACCUCGGAAGGUGGAGCAAGAAGAAAAAGAUAGACAACCUCCUUCAAAACACGAUCAUAAAGUUAAACAACACCGUCCAAUGGAGAACCCUCCUUCAAAAGACCUAAAGAACCAGAACCAAAACCAGCCACCCCCGCCUCCAGCGAGGAUGGAGCAACCAGAAAAUGAUAGACAGCCCUUCAAUAUUGGAGUAACCCCUUCGAGACACGAAUAUCUGCCUAAACAGUACCUUCCGAUUGAGAAUAUUCCUUCAAUAGAACCGAAGAAGCAGAACCAACCGCCGCCGCAGCACCUUCAAGCUAUUCCUGCAGACUAUCUUAAACAAUCGGACGAACCGCCGGAGCUUCAGCCGACUCCUUCUCCUGAUCCGCCUGAGACUGACAAAGGUUGCUGUCCCAAGUGCUGCAUCUUCUAA